CUGAAUCUUGCCUAUAACUCUACGACUGACCCUCGAAUUAUUUGAUCAUUUAAAACGCAUUCCUAAAGUAUAAAAACAAAAAAAAUAUAAUUUGACUAAAAUCAUGACCACCCCCCUUUGAUAUUAGUUUAUUGAUAUCAUAUGACUAACAUUUAUAAUUGCAUCAGAUUUCCAGCUAGUUGAUCUGUUUCUGCAUAGUUUAUAACUCCAAGUUGUAGUUCGAGCCACGCUGUUAUUUUCAACGUUUUACCCAUCCUGGCAUCCAAGCCAGUCUAGUGCAUUAAUAUUGCUAUAGAUCCGUCCACGUUUGGUGAAAGAUAACCCAGUAAUGUUAUAGAUAAGACCAGCACGACCAAAUUUCCCGACAUAAAAAAACCCAGAAAAAAGAUAAGCAGAAUUUAACGUACAAGCAGGUUCUUGGAAAGGCCCAACCUUGAAUUUAUUUGAAGCGAGCGUUUCUUGGGAACGGCAUACCGUGCCUUCAAUCCAGACAGAAAAGUAAGAAUGAAAUAUUUUCAGAAACCUUGCAUAUUUAUUUGUAUUAAUAAUUCUUUUGCUUGAUUAUAAAUUACCUGUGGGUGUUAUUGGUAAUUUGUUUUCUUUAGAGCAAGACGACAUUCAGCACUUUGUGAAGGUUGUUAUCGUUUUUCCCGACGAUGUCCCGGUCAAGGGUACCUGGAUACAGAGAAGGGUUGAAAGUCUACCAAACGUUUACCUGUCCACGGACGGACUCGGCAUGGACGUCGGCAUCCUUGAGAAUGAACUGUAAUGUUGGAGGCGACCAGCCGUUUAACCAUUAUUACUGUAUCCCUAACGCCGAGAGGACCCAUUUUGUAGAGUUCUGUUACGACAGAGCGAGUAUGAAGACCGAGAAAGGUAAUUGCUGGGAACUAGGUGGAAUGGGGUACCUAAACCAAGUCGACUGCACGAACUUUGUCAAAGGAUGCCCAGAUUACACAUACUUGAGCGAACAAGUUUACAAGAUUCCAGCUUGUCUAGAUUUGAAUUUUUCUGAACGAUGUUUCACUGAGGAGCCUGGAUGCCCACUUUUGAAAAAUUCCACAAACGCUCUGGUGACCAAUCAGAACAGUGCAGACACCUCUCUUCACCUUGGUCUUGUUGCAUUGAUAACUAGUGUAUUAACUGCCGUAAUACUUAUAUUAGUGAAAUUUGGGACCAAACGCCUUCGCAGUAAAUUAGGUCGACGGAGAAAUGAAAACGGUAAUGGAACAAGAAAAACAACUGCUACAGACCAAAAAGGUAAGGUGAUCAAAGACUUUUUAUAUUUUACGUCACAGUACAGAUUUACAUAG